CCCCUCGGAACGUCCCCGGGAGCCCAGCCAGAGCGAGCGCCGGGGCCGGGCGCGCAGGAGUGAAAAGGAGGCGGCGGCCGCGGCUUCGAGCAACAGAUCCGGGCGCUGCGGGCAGACCCGCUCUGCUGUUUGGAGAAUUUUUUUAUUUUAUUUCAAAACAAUUUAUUACAUUUGAAAAUCUUGCAUUUUUAAAUGGCGCUGGCUCCGGGUCAGCGGGCGGUUUUCUCUGCAUCAAGAUGGGCUUUGCCGUUUCCUUCGUGGGCACCACUGGUGGCCUGAUUGUCAGUCUUCUCCCGGCGUUUUUAAGGCCAGGAGCCGAGCGUUGCAUGUAGGCGAACCACCACCCUACAGAGCGGUUUGGCUUUUAAAAUUAUUGCUGUUAUUAUUUUGGGCAGAGAACAGUCGAUCUCGUGCACGCCGUGCCCUCUGCAGAGGAGGCUGCCGGUCGGAGGUGGGUCGCUCCGAGGGUGAAAUUCCUCCCGGGGUGAGCGAGCCCCGGCCCCGCGCGCAGUCCAGCGGCCCCGCGUGUGUGUCCUCCCCCUGCCCGCGCCGGGAAAAUGGAGGCUGUGAUUGAGAAGGAAUGCAGCGCGCUCGGAGGCCUCUUCCAGACCAUCAUCAGCGACAUGAAGGGGAGCUAUCCAGUUUGGGAAGAUUUCAUAAACAAAGCAGGAAAGCUGCAGUCCCAGCUUCGGACAACAGUAGUAGCAGCAGCUGCCUUCUUGGAUGCCUUUCAGAAAGUGGCUGACAUGGCCACCAACACACGUGGUGGUACCCGGGAAAUCGGAUCCGCUCUCACCAGGAUGUGCAUGCGGCAUAGAAGCAUAGAAGCCAAGCUGAGGCAGUUUUCGAGUGCUUUAAUUGAUUGUCUGAUAAACCCACUUCAAGAACAGAUGGAAGAAUGGAAGAAAGUGGCCAACCAGCUGGAUAAAGACCACGCAAAAGAAUAUAAAAAAGCCCGCCAGGAGAUAAAAAAGAAGUCCUCAGAUACGCUGAAACUGCAGAAGAAAGCAAAAAAAGUGUCAAUUGUGUAUCCUGCACUUUCUCACCGUGCGCCACCCCCGCCAGUGGACGCUCUCGGGAGAGGUGACAUCCAGCCUCAGUUGGACAGCGCCCUCCAAGAUGUCAAUGAUAAAUAUCUCUUGUUGGAAGAAACAGAAAAGCAGGCCGUCCGGAAGGCUCUGAUUGAAGAACGAGGCCGAUUCUGCACCUUCAUCUCCAUGCUGCGGCCAGUGAUUGAGGAAGAAAUCUCAAUGCUGGGGGAAAUAACCCACCUUCAGACCAUAUCGGAAGAUCUAAAAAGCCUGACCAUGGACCCUCACAAACUGCCCUCCUCAAGUGAACAGGUGAUUUUGGACUUGAAAGGUUCUGAUUACAGCUGGUCCUAUCAGACGCCACCCUCUUCCCCCAGCACCACCAUGUCCAGAAAGUCAAGUGUCUGCAGCAGCCUGAACAGCGUCAACAGCAGCGACUCCCGGUCCAGCGGCUCCCACUCGCAUUCCCCCAGCUCGCAUUACCGCUACCGCAGCUCCAACCUGGCCCAGCAGGCGCCCGUGAGGCUCUCCAGCGUGUCCUCCCAUGACUCGGGAUUCAUAUCCCAGGACGCCUUCCAGUCCAAGUCACCGUCCCCCAUGCCGCCAGAGGCCCCCAACCAGUUGUCUAACGGGUUUUCUCACUGUAGUUUAUCAAGUGAUUCCCACGUGGGGCCCGUGGGUGCAGGCCUUUUCCCCCACUGCCUGCCUGCCUCCCGCCUGCUCCCUCGGGUCACCUCUGUCCACCUUCCAGACUACGCUCAUUAUUACACCAUUGGGCCCGGCAUGUUCCCGUCAUCUCAGAUCCCUAGCUGGAAGGACUGGGCUAAGCCGGGCCCCUACGACCAGCCUCUGGUGAACACUCUGCAGCGCCGCAAAGAGAAGCGUGAGCCGGACCCCAACGGGGGAGGACCCCCUGCCGCAGGCGGCCCGCCUGCCACUGCCGAGGAGGCUCAGAGACCGCGGAGCAUGACUGUGUCUGCUGCCACCAGGCCUGGUGAGGAGAUGGAGGCUUGUGAGGAGCUGGCCCUGGCCCUGUCGCGGGGCCUCCAGCUGGACACCCAGAGGAGCAGCCGGGACUCGCUUCAGUGCUCCAGUGGCUACAGCACCCAGACGACCACCCCGUGCUGCUCUGAGGACACCAUCCCCUCCCAAGUUUCAGAUUAUGAUUAUUUCUCCGUGAGUGGUGACCAGGAGGCAGAUCAGCAGGAGUUCGACAAAUCCUCCACCAUUCCGAGAAACAGUGACAUCAGCCAGUCCUACCGACGGAUGUUCCAAGCCAAGCGCCCAGCCUCGACCGCUGGCCUCCCCACCACCCUCGGACCUGCUAUGGUCACCCCAGGGGUUGCAACCAUCCGCCGGACCCCUUCCACCAAGCCUUCUGUCCGCCGGGGGACUAUCGGAGCUGGCCCCAUCCCCAUCAAGACACCUGUGAUCCCUGUCAAGACCCCGACCGUCCCAGACCUCCCUGGGGUGUUGCCAGCCCCUCCAGAUGGGCCAGAGGAGCGGGGUGAGCAUAGCCCCGAGUCGCCAUCUGUGGGUGAGGGCCCCCAAGGUGUCACCAGCAUGCCCUCCUCAAUGUGGAGUGGCCAAGCUUCCGUCAACCCUCCACUUCCAGGCCCGAAGCCCAGUAUCCCCGAGGAGCACAGGCAGACGAUUCCAGAAAGCGAGGCUGAAGACCAGGAAAGGGAUCCCCCAAGUGCCACUGUCUCCCCAGGCCAGAUUCCAGAGAGUGACCCUGCAGACCUGAGCCCGAGAGAUACUCCACAAGGAGAAGACAUGCUGAACGCCAUCCGAAGGGGCGUGAAACUGAAGAAGACCACGACAAAUGAUCGCUCGGCCCCUCGCUUCUCUUAGGCUCUCUUAGUCUCACAAGAAACGCUGCCAGUGGGGAAUGAACUGUUUAAUUAAUAAAACCUAAUUUGUCUUGAUCCAUUCCAAUCUAUAAUCAAACAAAAGAUUUUGUAGGCAACUCAGAAUACAGCUCUUUUGAAAGUACUCAACACCUUUAGAUAAGAAUUAAAAGCAACAUAUGUAACUGACAUAAUCUUGAUCUUUUAAUUUGUAAAUAUUGACAGUUUUCUUUCUGCACAUUUUAAUCUUAGUUUCCCUUUUGAUUUUUCUGAAGGUGCCAAAUUCCAUUUAACUUUUUUACAAGUCUUUGUAAAAUUUUAAAUGCAUAAGGGAGGGGGGUUGGGGUAGGGGAACCAUGAAGUAGUUAAUUUCAGAAAAGAAUUUACUAUACUUCACUCUCUUCUUUUUUUUCCGCAAGCUUUUGUAGAUGCAUUGUAGUAGUCUAGCUUAGAAGCAAAUUCAAGUUAUUUUAAUGUACAAACAAAAUGGGUAAGAGGUAAAACCCUCAGUCAAUAUACUAUGUUCUGAGGGGAAAAGCAGGAGUAACAGUUGAUGAGCAAUAUUCAGAGUGAAGUAAAUCUGGAAAUGGUAGACUGUGUUGGGAUUGGGGGGAGGGCCAUGGGAGGGGCACACUGUCAACAUAGCCGAUCCUGUCACAUUUAAGAGUAGCCUCGUAGGUUGAAUUUCUAGUAGCUUCAUGGUAAAUGCAUCCGAAUAAGCCAUACUGGAUUGCAGUGUUUGUUUCUGUAGGGUGUUUAAGGACUUCCUUUCUCCCACGAUUCCUCUUGACUGCACACAGCACCCACCUCCAAUCCCGUGCAUGCUGCUGCCACUGGGUAGACGUAGAAUGCCCCACCUCAGUUUCUCGUUGAUCGUACUCACUUUCAUUGAAUCCAAAUACAUCCAAAAGGGUAAGGCAGUUUAAAAAAUGUGAAAACAUUUUAAAAUGAUAGCAGGGAAUUCUUAAGAUAUAGCAAAUGCCUUUUACUUAACUGUGCCCAGCAGGCUGGGUGCGUUGAAAAGCCCAAAUAUUUUGAAAAAACUCGAGUGGAUUUAACAAGGGUAACCAGCUUAGAGUCCAGCAACUUGCCAAUGUGUUUACCAAUUUAGGGGCUUGUUUUUCUUACCUUCUUUUAAAUCAAUAGCAGUUAUAAUUGGCUUCAUAUUAAACACUGAAGAGAGGGGGAUUUGUUCGUCACUGGGAAUCUUGACCACUAUACUGUCCUUUUUUUUGUAUUCUAGGUAAUGUUUUUUGGAAUGGAUUUGUCUUUUCUUUUUUAAGUGGAAGUUAAAUUUGUUAUAAUACCCAUCCCUUAAAGCCAACAGAGAUUUGUAGAUUUAAAGGGAUCACCUUUGGAGAAGGCAACAGUGUUUAAAAAAAGAAAGCAAGCCCUCUUAGCAGUUGUGUCACCCAUUGGUGACCAUACUUCUCGAGGACGAGGAGUUUGGUGGGUCCCACAACCCUGCAGAUUUCUGUUGGCUCUGAUCCUCAAUGACAUAAUCUUAUGCUUUAAUACAUAACCGCAUUGGAUGUGAGAGUAACGUACCUGUAUAGUCACUGUUCUAUAUAUUAACAUUUAACACUGCUGUGAUUGCUCAAGGACAUUUUAUGUUAUGGCUUUAAAGCAAAGGCAUGAUUAUUAGAAACUAUUUAAGCUUUUUUCUUUGAAAAACAAGCUCCUUUUACAGAAUAUAAGCAACAGUAGUGCCUGUGGUUUAGCCCACCAAUCUUGAUGACUAAAAGUAGCUGAUGCAUUGUGCAUAUGAUGCUUGAGAUGGUUUUUGCAAAAGCAGAAAUCGCUGCAAGGUAAUCACAAUAGAUAAAAGUGGUAUUUUAAACCUUUUGAAAUAAAUGGAUGUAACUGUACCUUGGUACAGCUUUUCACUUGUUUAGUUUUUAAACGUUAGUAUAAUCGGAAUAAAUAUAAAAUGUUGCCAAAUUCAAUGUAGAAAGAAUGUGACAAGACACCUUGGGUAGUUCUGUUUGUGUUUUUGCAUAUUGUAAAAGCAGUGUCACAGCUAAAAAUAAAGAAAUCCUUUCUAAAGGUAAAUUAUUGUGGUUUAGUUGCUAGUUUGUACUGAGAGUUGACCUCUCCCUGUGCAGUUUUUUGUUCUAAACUUGUAUAAAUAACAAUUGUGUAAUGUGUCUCCCUUCUACAUUGUAACAAUUGCUUCAGCCCACGUUAUAAAUAAAGAACCACUA